AUGAGGCGAAUUGACUUUGUCAACAAAAGACUGUCAAAUUCAUUUCAUCAUCAAGUGAAUAUUGAUUUCAUUUCCUCGCCAGGACAGUGUCAAAUUCAGUUUAUUUCUUAUCUUUCUUUUUCUAUCGUUUUCUUCUUUCGUUUACUCACCGAUUCUCAUUUACCUUUUUGUACCUUUCUUUCUUUAUUCUCUGUUUCUUUACUUAAUGUUCUUCUUAUAUUUUUCUUUCUUUGUUUUUACUUUUUCUUUCUUUCUUUUUAUGCGCUUCUUUUCUUUUUAGUCUUCAAUAUUUGCUAUUUCCCGCAUUCUUUUCUUCUUUUCUUACUCUUCAUUUUGCUCUUUCUUUCUUUCAUUUUAUUAUUUUCCUUCCCUUAUUUUUAUUCUUUUUCUUCCUUAAUUUUUAAAGAAGAAAUAAAACAAGCAAAAAUGUUAGAUUUCCUUGUAGACGCUGGUGUUGGAAAUCAUUUAUUUUGUAUCGCUAAUUACCGUCUUUGCCUUCCCAGUCAUUUUCUUUCUUUUUACCAUUCUUUUCGUUGUCUUUCUUUUUUCAUUCCUCUCAUUACGUUUUCAUAUUCCUUCUUUUUUUCUUUUUUCUUUCUUCUUUCUUCUCUUUUUCUUUCUUUCAUUCAUUAUUUUGGCUUUCUUUUCUCUUUCUGUCUUCUUUUUCUCUCUUCCUUCUUUCUUUGUCUUCUUUCCUUUCUUCCUUACCUUUUUUCUCUUUUCUUUCUUUCUUAA